UUUUCUUUAGCCGAGUCCCGCUAACUCGGCCGCGGUGUUUCUGCGUCUUGGGCCAGGCUGUCCCUUGGCUAAGAGGGCGGUCGUCGCGGACCGACGCGGCUGGCAGGGCCGACUGCUGCGGCCGGCCGCCUUCACCUCCCUCCCGGCGUUUCCUCCCGGCUUAUCCCCCGUGGGGCGCCUCGGAGUGGCGGAGGCCCCCGGAGAAGCGCUGGGUUGCGGGGUCCGCCCCGGGCUCGGAUGGGAAGUGGCGGGAGGAGCGACCCGGGAUGUUCAGCCUGAUGGCCACUUGCUGCGGCUGGAUCAAGCGGUGGCGGGAGCCCGUCAGAAAGGUGACUCUUGUGAUGCUGGGACUUGAUAAUGCUGGUAAAACCGCAACAGCAAAGGGAAUCCAAGGAGAAUGCCCUGAAGAUAUAGGUCCUACUGUUGGAUUUUCAAAAAUUAACCUUAGACAAGGAAAGUUUGAAGUCACCAUCUUUGACUUGGGAGGUGGAAAAAGAAUUCGGGGAAUCUGGAAGAAUUACUUCGCUGAGUCCUUCGGGGUCAUAUUUGUUGUGGAUUCAAGUGAUGAAGAGAGAAUGGAAGAGACAAAAGAGGCUAUGUCCGAAGUGCUGAGACACCCUAGGAUAUCGGGAAAGCCUGUGUUGGUGUUGGCAAAUAAACAAGAUAAAGAAGGAGCUUUAGGAGAAGCUGAUGUUAUUGAAUGUCUGUCUCUGGAAAAAUUGGUCAAUGAGCACAAGUGCCUGUGUCAGAUAGAACCAUGUUCAGCAAUCUUGGGGUAUGGAAAGAAAAUUGACAAGUCCAUUAAAAAAGGUCUUUAUUGGCUGCUACAUGUUAUUGCAAGAGACUUCGAUGCCUUAAAUGAACGCAUCCAAAAAGAUACAACAGAACAGCGUGCUCUUGAGGAACAAGAGAAACGGGAAAGAGCUGAACGAGUACGAAAAUUACGAGAAGAAAGAAAACAAAAUGAACAAGAGCAGGCUGAGCUCGAUGGAACCAGUGGUCUGGCUGAGUUGGACGCAGAACCAACGAAUCCUUUCCAGCCAAUAGCAUCUGUAAUCAUUGAGAAUGAAAGAAAACUUGAAAAAGAGAAAAAAAGGCAAAAAAUGGAGAGAGACAGUGAUGGGUGCCAUCUGAAACAGAAAAUGGAGCCUGAGCAAAUGGAGACACAAGGCCAGGUUAAUGACAGUGGCCAAAAAAAUAAUGAAUUUGGACUGGUAGAAAAUUAUAAGGAAUCAUUAACACAGCAGUUAGAGAAUGAAGAUGAGACAGAUCAGCCAUCAUUAGAAUCAGCUAAUGGUAAAAAGAAAACUAAGAAACUAAGAAUGAAAAGGAACCACCGGGUAGAACCACUUAAUAUAGAUGACGGUGCUCCUGAGAGUCCAACACCACCCCCACCUCCUCCUCCUGAUUUCUAUGGGAAGCCGCUGCCUCCCCUGGCUGGGCCACAGAGACCUAACAGUGAUGCUCAUGAUGUGAUCUCAUAAACAAGUCAUAUUGGCAAGGUGAACUGGGACAUUCUUCUUUCUCAGAAGAAGAAACAUCUUGAAUCCUGAUAACUGGGACAAGAUAACCAUAGUGAUUUUAGUGAGAAGUUUAUUACUCAAGGACCUGACCUGAUAAUUACUUACUUGUGUUUUUUAUGGUUAAAAAAGAAAGGAAGCAAAAUGACCAGCACAUAAAAUCAGCAUUUGGACCAAAUUAGUAAGAUUUAGUAUUGACUCUGGUUUACACAUUCCCACUCAUGAGCAUACUUCUGAAGGAAAACAUUAGAAAAGAGCCAGUGGACUCUGCACUUUCUUUAUUAUUUAAUAGUCUGUAUUUCUAGAUAUUAAGUGUUUUUUUAAAAGAUACAUGCACAUAGAAGGGGAACUUCUAGGAAUUUAUACCCCAAAUUUUAAAACUAUUUUUAUAUUUUUUAAACUUUAAAAAUUUUAAUUAGUAUGAUGUUGAUUAUAUACCUUUUUAAUAGAUGAUUUGUUUAAAUUGUGUCUGAAAAACAGUGUUGAUUUACUUUCAGACAUGAACUAUACAAACAAGAUAUAUUUAUUAUGUGGCUAGAGGUAUGUUUUGUAAUCCUUUAAGUGUACAUCCUAAUUUGACCUAAUUUAAAAAUAAUAUAUUUUUGAAAUAGCAGAUUCUCAGAUCUUUAUUCUACCAAUUAUAUGAUUUGAAAACAGUACUCAGUGACAGAGACUGGAAAUACCUUUUGUACCUAAAUGUUUUUGAAAUUAAUCAAAAUACAUUCUGUGACAUAUUAUUAAAA